AUGUCGUACGAGGAGAUUCCUCCCGACGUGGUGUCCCCGCAUGAUGCCACUCAGACAAUACAGCAGACACUCAAGUGCAAGGACACUGUUAUAGCCCUCUACGACUUCCCGGGCACCCAGCCGUCUCACCUCCCCCUAGACUUGGGUGAUACCGUUUACGUGUUGGCGAAAAGCGAUUCGGGUUGGUGGGAUGGUGUGGUGAUUAGUAACGGAGAGAUGCUGCGGGGCUGGUUCCCGCAUAACUACGUUCGGUCAGUGAACUAUGUUCAGCCGGUCUUGAACAAGUUGAAGUCCAAUAAGGAAAUUGAUACCAUCACUGCUGCCAACACUGCUGCAAAUGUGCUUAUCCCAUCCUUUGCAAAUCUCCUACAGCGUUCACUUGUGGAUCUGGGCAAGAACAGUCCGGCCAGUAAUACGAGGAAGAAUUCCGUUGUAUCUUUUGCAUCGCUGGAAACCAGCAUCUCUGAUCUGAAGCUGCGCUCCAAUCAGGCACUCAUGCCUUCACUGGCUCAUACGUCUUCCCCUUCCUCAGAAGUAACUGAGGGUGCUACUCCUCCGACCCCCAAUACGGCACACCAGCCAUCUUUUGCAUCCACGAUAUCUUCGCCUUCAGAAGAUAUGCCACCUACUCAAGACAGCCCGCCGGUCAAGUUCAUCCCGGUAGAAGAAGCAGAGAGAUUGUGUCUCGAAUUGAAACAAACCGAAGGGAAAAAUAUUGUGUGGACCGCCAGAGGAACAACCGCAGGUGACAUUGUGUUCUACUCCGAACAGCUCGAAGUAUACUGUGAAACACUUCCGUUGGUUCCUCUAAUUCAGCUGGUUGACUUGAACGGUGGUAACUUAGCAUUGCCCACAGUGGAAGCCGUCAAUGACAUUAGCGUUGUGAACGCCGUGCACGAUUUAAACGAGAGUAAUGAGCGUUCCAACUCUAGUGUCAAGGGCUUCGAUCUCAAGCGUGACUCUAAUGCAUCCUCAAUGUCAACCAGCAGUUCAGUGUCUUCGUACCACCACUUCCUGCAACCUUUCUUUGCAGCCAGUGGUCUAUUUUACAACCUGUUCGACGACAUCACUAAAUGGACAGAACUCAAGGACCACUUCAACUACCUUCUCGACUUGACCCACAAGGCUCUAAAGGAUUCCAACAAACAGUUAUUUUCUAUGCAUCUCUCCCAACUUACGAAAGUUGUGUCCAUAGUGCUAGCUGCUGCAAGGCUUUGUCAGCACGACUUCUCGGAUUCAAAGUACGAGGCAUCGAUACGAAGGAAGCUCAAACGUAUCACCAAUGGCUUCUCUCAACUAUAUAUCAACGGCCUUCUACAUCUCAGUGUCAUGCAUUACUCAGUGGCUGCAUCCAACGCAGAGUUAUUCAGUCUUGACAUACGCACCCUCAACAAAUCCACUGGACCCACUCAGCAGGCCUCCGUUGUGUCACCGACAGACUCAAUAAGUUCACAGUCAGGCUCCGCAGAGAACCGAGGAAGUGUAGCUGAUGAAGCUGCAACUCGGGUGAACAGAUCUGUUGGACUGGAUCACUCUCAGGAUUCAUUGGAAUCAUAUCUUCUGCAAGCUGAUCAUGAGGUUGACGCUGUCAGAUCCAAUAUGAAUGGCUUAAUUAAGUUAUUUGUUCGCUUAAGUAAGGGGAAAAAAAUAACCAUCAAGGACUACGACAGUUCUGAUGCCUCCGAGGAUGAAGGUGAGGAUCGUUACAACGUGCUACCCCAAGUGUAUCCUCGAUUCCUAGCAGAUGAGUUCAAUGGUGGUAACUGGUGCAACCCAUUCUUCACUAACACACGGCCUUACCUCAAUUUGAGUGGAGACCAUUUGAAAAAUAGAUAUCAUCUCAAAGUCAUCAUUGACAGCGCUGGCUAUGAUCGAGUGAAGCAAUUUACUAGCGAGAUCGUGAAAAUCAGCAAGGAGACUCUAGGCUUUUUGGACCCGAAAAAUCAAGGCAAAUACUACAAUGAGCAGCUUAGGAAUGGCAGAAACGAGCAAAUCUUACGUUUCAUGUACAAAUAUUUGCACCAUGCUAGCUCUAUGAUUGAUUUACUAGAGUCUUUUGAUUUCACUGUUUUCUGCCUCAUCAAGAGGUCGUCAUCUGGCGACAGCUUAGGUAGUAAUGACGAGGUUAGGGGAAGUCAGGAUGAUGAGAAUACGACUGGAAAUCUAACUUUCGAUUAUCCUGUGGUGUUGGAAUUUUUUCAAGCUAAGCAGUAUUUCCACACACUUGUAUCGAAGGUUAUUAUGUAUAGUCAAACGUUGACCUUGGAGGACCCUGAUGUGUUCACGGCUAUGAAGGAGGAUGAUCCUGUCCUUUAUAAUAGGGAGACAAUCAAAGAUCCAUUAGAAAGGUCUGCAUUGGUAUUGAGUAACAUCUUAAUGCAGCAGAGCCGAAUGAAACCCGCCGGGGCGAUUACUCUUGAUAAAGAUGAAGUGGUCUCGGAGCUUCUUUCAGAAGGUAUAGACUUCUGCGACCACAUUUUGACUCUUGUUCAGCAGCUUGUUGAAGAGAGAGAGACAAUUCUUAACUAUGCAACUCGUGUAAUGCACGAUGAUUUCAAUGUCCAGCUUCUUGUUAUCGAGCGCAACAAUACAGCUGCUGGUGACAAGAAUGAUGACAGCGGUGCUCAAUAUUACAGCAGCAGAGAGAAAAAUGAUGACACUCCAUGGUAUUUGGAAGGAGACGAAGAGUGUGAUUUGUUGCUUGAUAUCAAGGGUAAUAUUAAAGGAGGUACUAAGGAGGCUCUUGUGGCACACUUGACCAGACACGAAUCGCUUGAUGCUGGAUUUAUCUCGGUUUUUUUGACCACCUUUGCAACAAUGAUGUCGAUUGGAGAGUUUAUUCAGCUCUUAAUCAAUCGCUUCAACAUGGAGGCUCCUGAGGGUUUGAGCUACGAGGAAUACUUGUCCUGGAAGUCGAAUAAGCAACAAAAAGUGCGUGCCAAGGUGUUGGACGUAAUGAAACUUCUCAUCGACGCACACUGGUGUGAUUCAUACUAUAGUGUUACUGUUCUUCAGCGCUGGAUGGCCUUUGUACAGUUACCCAGCGUCAAGCGGUACCCUACCUCUGAGCAUGUCGCUGCUGGAAUCGAAAAAAUUCUCAAAGGGGAGCAUGUACCCAGAAAGCCUGAGACUGCCGUUGUUAUUGGAAAGCCUCCAGCGCCUAUCCUCAAGGGAUUCUCGUUGAAGAAGAUUAAACUUCAAGACAUUGACUAUAUUGAGUUCGCCAGGCAAAUUACUAUUCGUGAGUUUCAUUUGUUUUGCCAGAUUAAUAAGCUUGCCUGCGUUAACAAGGUGUGGGGUAAGAAGUCGGGGCUCAAUGAGAGUAUUGAACCCAUAACCAAUUUCAUCAAGGCUUCCAAUCAGUUGACAAACUUUGUUGCCUAUAUGAUCUUGAGAAAGGACGAUGCAAAGAAGCGUGUGAGAGCAAUAAGAUACUUUGUGCAAGUGGCGGAGAAGUGUCGCCAAUACAAUAACUUUUCCUCGAUGACGGCUAUUAUCUCGGCCUUGUAUUCCUCGCCUAUUCACAGACUCAAGAAGACUUGGGCAUAUGUCUCUCGGGAUAUACUCACGCAACUUCAAAACAUGAACAGGCUCAUGAAUUCAACCAGAAAUUUCAAUGAGUACAGAGAUGUGCUAAAAUUCAUUGGAUCGGAGCCUUGCGUACCUUUCUUUGGCGUAUACUUGAGUGAUUUGACUUUUAUCUAUCACGGAAACCCUCAACAUUUGUUAAAUCGCACACGAAUGAUAAAUUUUGCCAAGAGAGCAAAGACUGUUCAAAUUGUGGAGGGUAUCGACCGAUUUCAAAAAAUUGGGUACAAUUUUCAAAGUGUCAACGAGAUACAAAAGUAUCUCGACCUUUGGUUCGAUAAGUGCCCAUCCAUCGAAGAGCAGUAUCAAUUGUCCUUGUCACUCGAGCCACGUGAAUCAGUGGACCGCAGUUCUCAGAAGAAGUCAAGUCGUAGCGAGAAAGACGAGACUUCUGCCCACCACAGUACUCGAAUGGCCCCAAACAUGAGCAUUUGGGGACUUAAACAGUAA